GCUUCAACACUGCAACGUCCGUGCUGAGCUCUGACCGCCUGGUGGACUGGGAACGUUUGCGGACAUAAGUUUCCUUUACGUGUAUUUUACCGUAUUUUAUUUGAACGAGCAAACAGAAUCGAAACGACGGGUUAAAGCGACGGAUUUGCGUGCUCCAGUGCAGCUGUGAAUUAUGGGCGUGUCAGCCACACAACAACAACAACAACAACAUCACAACAAAAACCGCGGAUCUGCUUCCGGUUUCUGGAUGUAGCUGUCAGACUCCGGCAUUUAUUUAUUUUUUACGUGAAAGCGCUUCAUCAGCAGGUCAGUAGCUUCACGCACCUAUUGUCGAUUAAUAAUAGUUCACUUGUCUUUGUUUUGCUGUCAGCAAGCAAACACAGAGUCUAACCAGCAGGCUGUCACGGUUUAGCUUACGCUUUAGUAUGAGCGAAGGAGAAGUGUUUCAUGAGAAGCAACGGUUGGAGCUGUGCGCGAUUCAUGCACUCAACAACGUGCUCCAGGAGCGGGUGUUCACCAAAGAGACAGCCGACGACAUCUGCAAACGGCUGGCUCCACAGUGUGUGGUGAACCCUCAUCGCUCAGUGUUAGGUACAGGAAACUACGACGUCAACGUCAUCAUGGCGGCACUACAGAGUCGGGAACUGGCUGCAGUGUGGUGGGACAAACGCAGGAUGGUUCAGAGCCUUUGCAUGUCAAAGGUCCAGGGUUUUAUUCUUAAUGUCCCAUCACGAGUAUCUCUUGGGAUCGUGUCCCUCCCACUCAGACGGCGGCACUGGCUCGCGGUUCGACAAGUUAAUGGACAGUACUACAACCUGGACUCCAAACUGAAGAGUCCUGUCUGUAUUGGGGGAGAAGAAGAACUACGCACAUUUCUCAGCGAACAGCUUUCUCAGGAUGUGGCAGAGAUGCUCCUUGUCGUCAGGCGGGACGUGGAGGAGGACGGUUCAUGGCUGAAUGCUGACAAUGCCAAGAAGUGAUGCCUUGGGAUGGGAUUGACCUUAAGAUAGCAUGGAAAAAAAACUCCUCUGGGAUUUUUUUUUUUUUUUUUUUUUUUUAAACCUCAUUACAGAAAACUCUUCAGGGAAUGCACUAAAAUACAUUUGAUAUCUACACACAGAGAAAAUUCCAAAUAGAGGCAGAGAUGGGCUACUGAGAUGAAGAACUGUUUUGGAUGUAAUAGCUGUAAAAGCUUUUGCUCUGAUAUGACUCAUGUAUCUACGUUGUCCUUCUCUAAGCUAACCAAGUUUGAGGCAAAUGUGAGCUUGUUUGAUGAAACUUGAGUUGUGACAUAUGACUGAACUUUCGAUGUUAUAUGGUAGGAAGAUUGCAGUGUUUGUGCAUGAAAAACCAUCUGCAAUAAGGAUAACUGGACUACUUUGAGUGCUAAAACAUCACCAAGAUACAAUCGAGUCACCAAAAUCGGAUCAGUAUGUGCUCUACGUACAAGAUGUCAACAUGUGUCCAUUAUCAAGCAGCACUUGAGUGCACCGUCUCUUCCCACAACCAUUGUUGUAAACCUUCUAUGCACUGCAGUUAGAUUGGUAGCACUGUUCGUCUUUGUGUGUGUUCACACAGGUACAGGUACCGUGAAGGCAUCACUUGGUGAGGCAUUGUAGGACCGACGGUGUCUUUGCCUGUUUUCACGCAUUAACUACAACGCUUCAGGCAUUUUUCAUAGCGUGCCACGGUUUUUAGAUUUUUAAAUGUGUUUUGUUGUCUACUGGUCUAAUGUUGUUUUUCUCUUAUUUAGCUGUAAUGUUAAAAACAAAUGUGGCUGAGAUCUGUAAUCCAUCACGAUAACCAUUGUGACCCUUCUUUUGUUUUUGUCAAAGCAAUGUUAUUGAUGUGUGAUAAUGCAGCUGACUCCACACAGUAAUGAAGCUUUGACAAAGUAAAAGCAGGCAUGACUUUGAUUAGGAUGCAUUAUCCAUUUCAUUCGGGUCUCAAGUCUCUACAGGUUGAGUAUUACACAGCUGUAUCAUGAGUGAAUGAAGUUAGAAAGAUCAUGGUAUUUUCAAAUCUAAAAGGAAAGGUUCCAGGAAUAUAAAGUACACUAUUGAUUAGUUUUAAAUAACUCUUAAGCAAAAACACUGGUUUUGUGACUAUGUAAACUUUAUGUUUGUAUUUUGUCUUUCCUAUGAUCUAUGCAUAUCGAAAAUAAUAGUAGCGCUGUCUCUAACUCACAUAUAAACCGAAGCUCAGAGGUUCAUAAUAGUGAAACUAAUUUAUAUUAAACUUUGACCUCUUGUUUAAAGUAUGAA